AUGUUCACCUACAUGCGGCGCGACGAGCAGCGCCCAUCCAGCAUCGCCUUCGCCCCAUCGUCCUCCUCUACACAGCCAAACAACGACUCUCUGUCCGCAUUUCACGACUCGAGCACGGCCAGGUCGACGCUGACCGAGGGGAUCUUCGAGUCUGGCAUCUGGACGGCCGAGCCUGACCUCAACUCCGCGUUUGCGAGCGGGAAAUGGUUCUCAGACGAGAAGAUCUAUUGUCCGGGAAAAACUGUGCCACCGUCGCCCGAAGAGAAAAUCGUGGUGACGGAAUACGAGCUGAGGGACAACUGGCUGGCUAACGACCGGUAUCACUCGAACGCCUCGCCCAUGUAUGGUAGCACACAGAACUCGCCUGGUGUCGGCCAGCAGCCGCAGCAUCAACAGCAGGUGGUGGCGGCAGCGGCGGUAGCGGAGAAUGCGGUUCGGUCCUCGUCGACCUGGAGAUGGACGCUGGGGAAGGGAUCAGGCUCGUCGCCUUCUGGUAGCUUGAGGGAUGGGGGAUACUCGCCUGGAGCAGUUGGCAGCCGGUCGUCCUCGAAGCCCUCUCCGGAUACCAGCAGUUACUCGGGAGGGGGCUUCCUUCGAGAGUCAGGCAACAGUUCAUCCAAGAGACACCAGCAGGAGGUGGUGGAGGUGCCGUCGUCAAAGGGGACGAAGACGAGGCUGAAUCUGUUGAAUCCCAUGGUCCUGCUUGCGAGGAGACGGUCAGCCCAGCUGGUCAGCUCGAGGCCGGAAGAUAUCAGUAUCAGCAAGUUGACUGUGCCCGCUAUACCGGAUGACUACGACCCCAGGAUCAGAGGCAGUCUGGUCCAUGAUUUCUCAGUGCCGCGGGCUCGAUCAAGUGUGGCGGAGAAUAACAGUAAUAACUACAUGGCUGAUAGAGCUGCUCGGUCACGGCAGGUCAGGGAGCUCCCUGAUAACCCCCCCAGACAGCACCAGAGACAGGCAACUCCACUGGCUAUACCCUAUCGACCGAUGAACAGAACCUCUGCUGAGCUGCCUUCCAGGCCAGAUGGAAAGCAGCAGUAUUCCCAAGGACCGCCCCCUGAACCAGAGAGCAAACAGGCUCCCCCGGAGUCUCCCCCUAAAGCACAAACUGGAAACCAAUAUCCCCAAGAAGACCCCCCUGCAUAUACCAAAUCACCCCCUUCUACCAUGCGCUACAAGCCAGCUUCAGUGCGAGAUCCCUCGUUCGUUCCCCUGGGGCUUCCAAGGCAUCUGACCAGCAGUGCGUCACGGUUCAGCUUCGAUCUGGCGGGCGGUGCCUCGUCCUCACAGGAGAAGCUCAUGGAAGAAAAACAUAAGGAGAAGGAAGCCGCAAAGAGAGCUCAGGGGAUCGAAGAAGUACGGAGUGAAUUCGACGAUGACUCUGACGAGUUCGAUUAUGAUGCCAUGAUGGACGAUGAUGGGCUGGAGGAGAAGAUACCCGGCAUCAACGCUGAUGCUGAAUCCACCACGGAGUCUGACGAUGGCAGGCCAGCCUUACGGAACCAUAUAAAUCCAUAUAUUCCCACGGUGAUACCCAGUCCUAUAAGCCCGCAUAGCAAUGAACCGCUACCAAACCAGCAACAGUUUUCCAACGGCCUCUUACCCAGUAGUAGUGGAGUUUCAGUCCCUUCUCAGUUCACAACGUCCCCAAAUCAGCCUGGCAUAUCCAUGUAUAAUGGAGGAUACUCACCCUUUCCCCCGGCAACAGUGAACCCAGGACCAGCCACAAACCAAGGAACUUCCGGAUCAAAGAAUGAUGAAGAUGACAUGUACUAUGAUGAUGGCCGGUUUGGCGAGCUCCCGCCUGAAAUGCAAGGGUCCCAUUUUGAUGAAUCUAUCUUUGAUGACGAGACAAGCUACCUCUAUGAUAACAAGAGGCGUGCUGCUGCUCAGUCACUGCAAACAAUCAAUGGCUACGGUCAUCCACCGCCGCAGAACAGUGUCAAGGGCAUGUCCGCCACCCAAGGACUAACCAAGGGAAACCUAGAGGCAUAUCACAGUGCGUUGGCCCAGGCAGCCAACGAAGCAGCUCGCAAGGGAAGAUUCGAGCGCAACGCAAGUCUAAAUGAGAGCAGAAUGAGCCAGACAGUAGACACCGGCAUGGAAGACUCGUUUGAUGACUUUGACUACUACGAUGGAGACGCGCUAGACGAUGAUCCUAUCAUCGCUGAGGCCAACGCUGACGUCCUGGAGAACGACGACGAAGGCUUCUACGGCCGGGAAUUCGGGUUCUAUGCCCAUGCUCACGGGAGUGACGACACGGAGCGUGUGUAUGGUGGCUACUUUGGUGCCAAGGGAGCUGAAGGCAUCAUACGCAACCAUAGCGGAAGGAAGAAUUUUCGAGAACCUAGCCUGACGCCUAUUACUGAGAGAAGUGAAUGGAGUACUCGUAACUCCAUCAUCUCUCUCGCUGCGCAUGCCGGCCAUCCGAAUCAGCAGGUAUCUAACCCGCCGCUUUCGCAGCUGGUUGACAUGGAAGUUCCUGACGACGAGAUAUCACUCAGUGCCCUGAUGAAGCUGCGGCGCGGAGCCUGGGGUGGAAGCAACGGCAGCCUACGCAGCAAUACCGGCAGUCAGGGCGCCGCUUCGCCUUCGACCUCUACUCAACCUAACCGGGGGAGCUUGAACAAUUACUACUACGAUACCGGCUCGCCGGUACAGACAAACGGCAUGCUCAAUGGCCACUCAGAGCUGAACAGCCCCAUCCAGUUUGAUAAAGAACCCACCCCAGAUUUGAGGUCGAACAGGAGGCAUUCAGACUGCGUUCGGUCCCCACCUGCCUGGGACGCUGUGAAUAGAAACUCGCCACGAGCCCUGCAGGAAGACGACAAGCCAGGUCCCUUGAACUGUAGCGCGGGUGAGCGCAUCAGCUACAUCAGGAGCAGAGACGAGUCGGGGUCGCAGUACUGGGUUCUCGAGAGACGGCGGACCGGUGAUAGCGGAGAGUCGGAGCUGCUGGAACGGGAGGCGAUGAAGCGUGGUCGGAUAUAA